UCGGAGCCCCCCGUCCCUGGGGCUCCGGCUGGGAGCAGGAACCCGCGGGAAGGGCCGCGGGCAGCGGCGGAGCCCCGGCGGGAGCGGCCGGGACGAGAGCGGGGGGCGCCGGCAGCCGCGGGGUCCCUGCGCGCAGGAUGGGGGCUGAGCCCGCACGGCCCCGACAGGCUCCCUCCUCUCUGCGUGCCCGAGUGCAGCAUCCAGUGCAUGAGGACAAACACACCGGAAUUAAGCCGUGCUGCAAAGCCAGAUCAGGUUUCAGAGGAUGCACUUGUGCAGAUGAAGAGUGAAGCGGCCAGCCCAGGUAGGCUUGUAAACAAACUCCAUGGAUGCUUCUCAGGUUGUGCUGCCAAGGACCUGUGGUUGCUCUGACUCUGCUCUCAGGACACACGAACUCAAACGUGCACUAACACAAGGUGUCUGCUUAAAUCGAAACAAUUCGCUGUUAACACAGAGCCGAGGAGUCAGUUCCUUUUUGCAGCUGCCUUGGCUCCUCAACUCUUCUUUGCUCUCACUGGGAUCACGGACACCAGCCUGCUUCUUUAAGGAAAGAGAGAAGAAAUCAGAUAAAACUGUCCACGCUGUCUUGCUGACAACAGAGAGCCACACUAUGUUCACUUUCCUUAGGAAUUAAUAUUUAGAAAAGAGUUAUCAUAAAGAAACUCGUGAAGUCUAAAGGGAAAACCAGCUGUUCUGAGGUCUCUGUCAUUGUAGUACGUAGAGAUGAACAAAAAAGUCCAAUUCACUAAUGAAGCCCUUGUGCUUUGGAUUGCCUCGGAGUUCCAGGAUUUUUCCACCAAAAAAGGAGAGAUGAAGCACUGUGCCCUGUGACAUUUAUUUUUGCUGUUUUCACCGCUGGAGGAUGGCUGCCAGACCCUGUGAAAAUGGUUCUGGUCAGCACCACUGCACCCACACCAGCCAACGCCUUGAAAUCAGCUACAUGCUGGUCCUGAUUAUGCUUGGAAAAGUCUUCCUCGAUUUCUUCAUGUUGCAAAUUAAGCCAAGACCUGUGAAAGUCAGUUUUAUGGGAUACUUCUGCAUUUCAGUGGCACUUCUCGAUUUCACACUGCUGCUCAGCAUGUGUUUCAUUUUCUGUUUUGAGGACUUUGCGCUCUGGGGCGUGCGAUUCACGGAGUUCCACAUCUGCCUCUUCACUCAGAUCACCUCUCUGACCUACGGCAUCUUGCCUUACCCGGUGUACCUGGUGGCUGCUCUGGAUUAUUACACCACUGUGUCCCAAACAUCCCAGGUCCCCACGAGAGGUCGGAAGUUACUUUAUGGAUUUGCCGUGGUGGUUAUAUGGAUUUCUGGGUUUUUUUGCACUCUCCAAGUUCCUGCUGUCUCCGAAGAGCUGCAAAUGCAGAAGAGUGCUUCCCCUUCCCAGUGCCCUCUCUCUGGCAGCUGGCAGAGCUCCUCGGUGUCGUGGGCCAUGGUGCUGGUGCUGGGCACGGCUCUCCUGGCUGGCUGGAAGGAGGUGACAACCAUGCUGCUGUCUGCCAGGCUCCUCUCCUUUUCCAGCCAGCCCGCGCUGCUGUUCCCCUACGUGCCUAACAACAACAACACUUGCUUUAGGUGGCAGCUCCUGAGCAGGCUCCUCCUGUGUUUCCUUGGCACUUGGGCACCGUUUGUUGCUCUCCAGGUGGUGGUUGUGCUCCUGGGUGUGCAGAUCCCAGCCUAUGUGGAGAUGAACGUGCCCUGGCUGUGCUUCAUCAACAGCUUCCUCCUGGCAGCAGCCUACUGGUGCCGCUGCCAGGACGUGGAGCUGACAGAGGAGGGGUGGUGCACAGACCCCUUUGUCAGCUGGAAAUUCUGCUUUAUGCCCUUCAACAAUGAAAGCACAAAGCCAGCUGAUAAGCCAGGCACAGUAAUUGUCAUCUGUUAAUGAGCUGCCGACUGAAAGGGCUGCAGAGAGGCAGAACUCUGAUGUUGGGUGGCACAAGGAAACAUCUCCAGAGCUUCACUCCGUAGAAACAAGUCCAGUGUCCAGCAAGACUUCAGUGAAUACUGCACUGCAAGCACUGCCAGGCCAGGGAAUUCAACUUCAAACUACAUGUUUAAAAAGCACUGCUUUUACAGGACAAGUUUUCAGUCAUUUUUCUGACUAGAAUUCUACACUUCCUUUAAAUGGAAUUAUCUCAGGUUUUACAGUACAAAAUGCAAUAAAGUCUUCAAGGCUGGAGUUACAUACAGAUGCUGUCCUAAGGUUCAAAUGACUUUUUGAAGUGUAUUUUGUUGCUCAAAUGUGGAUUUUUGUCAGCUUGAUGGAAGGUAAGGGUUGCUGUCUGUUUAACAUGAAAUAACUUGUUUUAGUUAAAGUUACAACUCCUACAGAAAUAGAAAUUUUAUAUAGUACAAAACCAGUGCAAAAUGUGCAACUUCCACAACCACGGGAGAGGUGCUGUUUCAUUGUUUCUCUGCUGCUGUUCCUCUAAGGUACGUGAACAUAAUAAUUAAAUAAUUAAAGCAAUAAGAAUAAGCAUCAAGGUUAGCUGCUAUACAUAAAUGCAUGCCCAAUGUUAAAGAAUGGUUCAAAUUAAAAUAUAGAUAAUUUUGAAGCCAAAAUUACUUUAAAAGGGUUAAGUAUGAAGUAGGACUACUUCAGCAUGGAAAGAAUUAGUCAGGCUUCCAGCAAAAAUACUGACAGUUUUCAAAUUCUCAGGGUUUUACAAUGGACUUGAUUUGAUUUUGUAUAAGAGAAAUAAAUGAUACACAACCAAAGCAGACAAAUGAAAUUAGCAUUUAUUUCUGAAGCACUAAACUCACAAUACAAUGUUGUAUUGAAAGAGAAACUAAGUAAAUGAUGCUGUAGGUUGGUUAACUGUCCCCCAGACCCACAGGGAACAAUGAUUUCACACAAGAAUACUCAUUAAGAAAACUCUGCAGAUAACAAAAGGUGCAAUUACAAGCAAGUUUAAGCAGCAUAGUAUAAGGUGCUUUGUUUCAGCAUUUGUAGGAUGGAUUUAUCCAUUAAGAGACAGAUUGAAGAAAUGUCACUUUUACAGAUCAUAACAAAUGAGAGAAUCUAAAAUUCAUUCACAUGCUAGUUGGUAAUAGGAAAGUGCUUCUUAAAAAAUGAUUCACAAAGUGAAGAUCAUACUUUUACAUAGCUCAUUGUGUACUCUUUGUGUGAAACUGUAAAAUUUCAAUUUUGGGUAAUAAUUCAUUUUAUUAUAUAUCAAUUAUAGAGAUAGAUUUAAUUGUAGAAUUUAAAACGACAUGGGUUAAAUUUUCUUAUAAAAGAAUAUUCCAGUAUUUCACUCCAUAAUAAUACACAAUCACAUCUCAAUCAUAAAUUAAUCUUUGAUUUCUGAAACAUACCAAAAUGUGAUUAUUUUGAUUACUUCACCCUACAUAGUGCUUCUUUCACCCCCAAUCUGUGGUAAAUUUCUUUGAGGUUUCUGUGAUGUAAUCAAAAGGGGACAAACAUUUUUCAGCAGUAGAAAAUGGUUUGGGGGGAAAACCUAGUUAAAAGGCCAUCAAAAGGACAAUAAAUGAUCAAAAACUGAAUUUUAAAACUAGUGCAAUAAGAGGAGGCAAUGCUUAGCAAUAUAGUUUGAAGUGUUUGGCACCAAAAAUUAUUUCAUUUUUUUGUGCUGGAAAAUGUACUUCGAGGAAAUUCUAUUUCCAUGUUAAAAGUAGGAAAACACGUGCAAUGUUAACUGGAAAAACAACCCUAAGGAAUUGCUCCCUGCUUCCUCAAACUGUAAUUGCUGUCAGUUAAUGCUGGAGAUGCUACAGGAUAAACCAUGGCUAAACACAGGGGUUGGACACAGCAUUUCUUCAGGUUUUAUAGAAACUGGACACCCACUGAAAUGGGGCUGACAAAAUAUUUACAAAACUUAAUUCCAUUUAAAAAUCAGCAAAUACAUCAACUAUAGGAAUGCACCAGGCAUUUCAGAAUCAUGAAAUAACUAAUUCCUACAGACUCAGCAGGCAGGGGGAAAUUCCUCUUUCAAAGUUCAUUCAACACCAAAUGAAGGAAAAGCUAUUUUCAAGUUCAUUUUAGGUGUGUUUUGCAUAAUAAGUCUCACCCUUCUGAAUCACUAACAUGCACAGAACUGGAACUGCAAGCAGUUGGGUGAGGCUGCUGACAUGUUUUAUUUAUCAGUGUGGUUCAGCUUCUCAAGUCCUAAUUAAAGUUUACCCAACCCCAUCUGCCCUAACGUUCCCUGUAACUGCUGCAGUGCUCCUAAAGCCACUUCAAGUUUUUAACAUUUUUUACAGGGAACACACAACUUGCAGCCAAAGCAAAUAUUAAUGGGUUGAUGUUACAUCUCUGUAUUACUUGUCAAAUUUAUUCUUUCUUACUUUUUGUGGAAAAAAGUAAAAGUUGAUGCCAAAGAGCAUCAACUUUUAGGCUGCCACCUUCAUUGAGAAGGCAACAGUGGCACUGCAGGUCUCCACCAAAAUCCAACUGUGGUGCCUGAGCCUGCCAAGGGAGUUUUAAAACAUAUUGCUGGUAACUCUCUUUGCAAGCCCACUUUUAUCCUUGGCAUGCAUGGAGGGAGACACCAGCUGUGCAGUGAUCUCCAGCCUACUGCCUUCCUAACAAUUGUCUUUUCCUCUCCAUUUUUUUUUUUAACCUGGUGCUUCUGGGGACAGAACACUGGUGCCUGAACCAUCCCUCUCUAGUGACAGUUUCACUGCCAGAGAGGACAGAAGCCGUGCCAGGAAGGUGAAAAUAUCUGAAAUAAAAGAACUACAGAUAACCACUGCUACAUCUCCUCUGUACAUCACUUCUUGUGCUGUGCCAGCAACUAAUGGCCCUUCCCCAUUCAAAUACCUUACAGUAUUGAUAUUAAUGCUAACAGCAGCUAAAGUGUUAAAC